CUUUCAAAAGACCCCCAGACUGUGUUGGUCCAUUUCAAAUGCCCCUUUCCCUGUGACCUCCCUUCUGUUUCCUCCCUCUCAAUGCCAAGAUUCAGGCUCUUCCCUAAGGAAUUGAGCAUCCUCCAAGUCUCCCACCCUUAACUGCUCCAUCCCCGGAUGGAGCCAGAAAAAUGUGGUGGGGGGGCCGGGGCCAGAGUUUCAACAUCAGCCCCCAAAAGGAGGAGCCAGAAAUGGGGCUCUCCAGACCAAAGUCAGACCAGGGAAGCAGGAUGCCGGAGCCCAGGAGUAAUCAGCCCAGCAGUUUCCUGGCCUCUGGAUGCCUCCCAGGGGAGCAGAUCCUAGCAUGGGCCCCAGGGGUAAGGAAGGGGCUGGAACCCGAAUUAUCUGGAAUACUAAUCUGCACCAACUUGAGGGUCACUUUCCAGCCCUGUGGAUGGCAACGAAGCCAGGACAUUCCUGUGAGCAGUGAGUAUGAUUUUGCCUUGGUCAACAUUGGACGAUUAGAGGCUGUGAGUGGCCUGUCCAGAGUCCAGCUCCUCCGUCCAGGGUCCCUUAAAUCUGUCCCCGAGGAGAUCCUGAUCCACGGCCGAGACUUCCGACUGCUCAGAGUUUGUUUUGAGGCGGGAGGACUAGAGCCACAGGCCUUUCAGGUGACCAUGGCCAUUAUCCAAGCCAAAGCUCAGACCUAUCAAGAUCAACUGUAUGCAGGGGUAACCCUGAGCACAGCUGGUCAGAGUUCUGGCCCCAGAAAACCACCUGUUCCGCUCUUGGAAACAUCAGAAGAUUGGGAGGCUGAGCGGAAGAAGCAGGGAGCCAGGGGCUGGAGGGUCAGCACUGUCAAUGAGAGAUUCGACAUAGCCACCAGCCUCCCCCGGUACUUCUGGGUCCCUAACCGAACUCUGGACAGUGAGGUCAGAAGAGCAUUUGGUCACUUCCAUCAGGGCCGUGGACCGCGGCUGUCCUGGCACCACCCUGGGGGCAGCGAUCUUCUCCGGUGUGGAGGCUUUUAUACAGCCAGUGACCCUAGCAAGGAAGAUAUCAGAGCAAUGGAGUCAAUGCUCCAGGCUGGGCAUUCAGAUGUUGUCCUGGUAGACACUGUGGAGGAGCUACCCAGUCUUACAGAUGUCCAACUUGCCCACGUGAGGCUGAGGGCCCUCUGCCUGCCUGAUUCAUCUGUAGCUGACGAUAAAUGGCUCUCGGCCCUGGAAGGAACUCGAUGGUUGGACUGUGUCAGGUCUUGUCUCCGAAAGGCCAGUGACAUCUCAGUCUUGGUGACAUCCAGAGUUCGCUCUGUAGUACUUCAAGAGCGCGGUGAUCGUGAUCUCAAUGGCCUCCUCUCUUCACUCGCCCAGCUGCUUUCGGCCCAUGAAGCCCGAACACUGCUUGGCUUCCAAUCACUGGUACAACGAGAGUGGGUGGCCGCUGGACACCCUUUCCUGACUCGGCUUGGGGGAACUGGGGGCAAUGAGGAGGCUCCCGUGUUUCUCCUCUUCCUUGAUUGUGUCUGGCAGCUCCUCCAGCAGUUUCCAACUGAGUUUGAAUUCUCAGAGUUUUUUCUUCUUGCUCUUCAUGACAGCAUCAGGGUUCCUGACACCCUUACCUUCUUGAGAGAUACUCCCUGGGAACGUGGAAAGCAGGGUGGACAGUUCAAGUCCUUUACACAAGUCUACACCCCGCCAGCUGGGAAUGCUGUUAACCAGCAGCUGUCUGUCUGGGACUGGGGUUUACGCUACAGCAAUAAACAGAUACAACAAUUCCAUAACCUUGGCUAUGACCCCGAGCACUGCCCAGAUUCCUGUUUUCCUAGACAGCAGUUGAGCUUCAUGGUUCCAGGACCUCCCAGAUCUGUGUGGCUCUUCUCCAGAGGGGCCCUGACUCCCCUGAAUCAGCUCUGUCCUUGGCAGGACAGCCCCUCCCUGCUGGCAGUCUCUUCUCGUUGGCUUCCCCGGCCUGCUAUCUCCACUGAAAGCUUGGCUGACCAAGAAUGGGGGCUCCCCUCACACUGGGGGGCUUGCCCUUUACCUCCAGGGCUAUUGAUACCUGGAUACCUGGGACCCCAAAUCAAGCUCUGGAAACGCUGCUAUCUGAGGGGAAAGCCUGAGGUUCAGAUGGGCCUGUUGGCUCCCACAAUCUCUGGACUCCAAGAUGAACUAUCCUGUCUUCAGGAGCUAUUAAGGAAAUGGGCACCAGGGCUAUCUCCUGAGGACCACUCCGAGAAAAGAGACCCAAAUACCAUUCUCUCCCAACCCUGCUGAAAUGGCUCACAUUCUCACAGGCAGGGCACGGGCUGGGCUGGGCUGAGGGAAGGUCUCUCUAAUCCUUGUUUUUCUUAUCUGGUUUUGCUGCUUCAGCUUCCACACACCAGCUCUUACAAACUCCCUCAGCUGACUUGAGUUUCUAUUGUAGGUGGGUGGUGCAAAACCUCUCAAUUCUUAUCUCGCUUAUCUGUGUACCUGGUGAUGUCUGUUUCCUGUGAGCUCCACUUUCUUCAGGCAGUAUCACCUAUUCUGGAUUCUCUAGCUGUUAAAUUGCAGAGAACUGAGAUACUAGUCUCAUCCCAAGGAGAUGACCUAGAGACCUCAUGUAUACCUUUCUUGCUGUUUAAUUCUAAUGAAUACUUCUUACAGUUUUCCACGAGAAUGGGGUGGAGAUGGGAGACACCCUGCCUCCUCCGUGUAUUUUUGUAGUGACAAUACUAUUUAAGGGGUUCAUUAAAGCCUAUUUAUAUGCU